CCUCACUACCUAGACUUCGCCUGGACAAUCAAGUGUUUCCUUUUCCGGUCCAGUCUUAGCGGAGUAACUCCCAAGAAUAGUUUUAGGGAAAACAAGAUGAAAGAAAGGCCAUUUUCAGUGGCUCUUUUCUUUGGGGUUAUUUGGAUUGUUUUACCCUGUCUUGGUAAUUUUGUUGAGCUUCCAGUGUGGGAUAAUCUGAACAUUGGACUAUGUGGAUUGGCAUUAAUUCUAUGUAUUUGUGUCUACCUCACGGAAUACCUCGGAUUAUUUCCCCUUAACUACAGCAAAUUUUCCUCGCAUGGAGAAAUAAAUUCACAACUUGGUUGGUCCAUCUGCUAUGGUGCACCUCUUGUGUUGUAUGCCAUAUUGUGGUAUUUGUCUGGAAUGCCUCAGACAAUCUUCCAACUUGUAUCUCUGGUAACUUACCUGGGUCACUUCUUGAAAAGAAUCAUUGAAGCCCUUUUUAUACACAAGUAUUCCAAGAACAUGCUUCUUCUUCCAGUUAUAGAGAUUGCCAUGUUCUACUGUCUUGGUGCAGUCACCCAGCACUACUGGUGUAAUAUUUACACCCAUGGACCUUUAGCUGAUAAGUUGUCAUCUAACUAUGUGGCAUUAGUGGUUGGCGUACCAGUGUUUGUCAUUGGUGAAUCCUUAAAUUUCUAUCAUCAUCAUAUUUUGGCAAGUCUGAGGCCUGCCGGUACAUUAACUGGUUAUGUUGUUCCACAUGCAGGAUUGUUCCAUUAUCUUGUGUGUCCUCAUUAUCUUGGAGAGUUGAUUGCUUGGUACGGCAUGGCUGUAGCUGGUCAACAUCUGGGUAUGUACUUAGCUUGGUUAGUUAUGGUGUGUUACUUGUCUGGAAGGAGCCAUCAAACACAUCUUUGGUAUCUAAAGAAAAUUGAAAACUUUCCCAAGGACAGGAGAAACAUAUUUCCUGGAAUCUUCUAACCAUGGGAUUGUCAUGUGUUUAUUUCACUUUUUAAUUUAAAUAGUAUUGAUUUAUUUCAAAGUAUUGAUUAGAUGAGAGCUAAUGCAUUUGAAGUGUUAGGAUUAGUUUAGGGAACCUGUGGAGAUUGUAAGGAUACUGAAGCUGUGAAAACUUUAUUCUGUAGUCUUGUCAGACAGCAUUUAUAAAAUGCAUGUGAAAUCAGGAGUCCUUACUCUAAGAAUAACUAAGAUAUAUUGGGGACUGUCAAGUAAAGGCCAACUAGUUGGAUAUUUAAAAGUGAUCCUACAUAUGGGAGUAGGUUUUUCAAGUUAGUGGUAAUUUAAAUAAUUUUUAGUUUUUUAUCAAAUUGUUUACAUAUUAGUCAAUAAAGUUAACGACAAUCUGUAAGAAAAAAAAAUAAAGUGUUUGCUUCAAGGCUUU